CUUUUUUCUCGUAUUAUAUCUACAUGAAUCAGGGAAUUUGUAUGAUGUAUGAUACACUCUAGUGAUUAGAGCGAUAUUCAAAUGUAGCCAUGACAGAUACAACAAAAAUUACUGCCAGGAACACGUCAGUAACUGCAGAAAAUGCCACCACCAUUGACCUGGUUACCACCACCACAGAGAAAACCACUCUGCUACAAACCACAAUGGAGAUGGCGCCUCCAGUAAACUCAUCUGAAAGUGGAGGAUCAGAUGUUGGUAUGGUAGUCGGAGUUGUCAUCGGGAGCUUGGUGUUUGUUAUUUUCGCUUUACUGACAGCUCUUUUCCUGAGAGGACGAUAUUUGAAGAAAAAGAAUAAGCCACCCCCUAACCCACUCCCUAACCCUGAAGACAUUGACAAGAUAGCUUUAGAAGCCAGUAAAAAGAGCAAGAAAAAGAAGAAAAAGGAGAGACAUAAUUAUGAGAAGGACCCCACUUCAACAGUUUCUAUUGAACCUGAGGCACCCUCCUGUCCGGCCUUCAUGGCCCCCGAUCCUCCCUCCACAUCUUCUGUGGAUUAUGAAAAUGCUCCUUCUAAAAGAAAACAGUUAAAGAGUGAAACAGAGCUAGCUCCUCCACCUAGUCAUAACACUAAGGAGCCUGGGUAUGUAAAUACACCUCGAAAAGGGACUACAACUCAAAAAGUGGAGCUUACAGAGGACUUCUAUGUGGCCCCUAAGGCAAACACAACUAAAUUAUAUUCGACUGGGGAAGGAUCUGAGUAUUAUAUUUGUGAUGAAGGGAAGAACACCCCAAACUCUAAAGUCUGGAAAUCCCCUCCCCGAAAUCCCCUAGAAGAUAGUGUAACAUCAACUUGUUCAGCCAUUGAUUAUGUGAACAUGUUUGGAAAAAAUAAAUAUCUUGAACUUGUACCAGAAAGUAAACCAGUUGAGGAACCACAAGAUUUUUAUGAACCAGUGGAUUCCUAGGAAUAUUUUACAGAUUAAUGGAUGAGCCGGUGAAAUCUUAAGGAUCUAGAAGUGAUAUGAAAUAAUCUGGAUUCAUAAGUAAAGUUGAUGAACUUAAUAUUUCAUUUGGUAAAGCAGAUGAUCAAAUAAAUACCGGUACUUGGAUAUAGUGGGUUAAAUGGUAUUUGGAUGAGCUAAGAAACUCCUAGAGUGUAGAUUCAUACCAUAAAAUGGUUGAAGCAGUGAAUAUUCAUUGGAUGUAAUAGGCUUAGGUGAAAUGAUGAAUUUUAUGAUGUGUGCAGUAAAUGAGGUGAUGCUUUCUUUUCAUGUAAUGAGCCAUCGACCAUUAGUCAGUUUUUGGGUGUUUGGUAUUGUAGUUUAAUUAACAUUAAUAUGUUAUUUAAACCUUGUUGAUGGGAUGUAAAUUUUAGAAAAAAAACUGAAUUCACAAAUGGAAAUGUCACUUUGAAUAUACAAGGCAUUUGUUUAAUUACCAUUAAAUUACUAACAGAUUUCAAAUGGCAAAUUUUGCAAUAAAGAAAUUGCUUCCUGGUGUGACACUGUGAAAAUGAACAUUUUUUUUUUGCACCUUUCACUGUCUUUGGAAGUCCAGAUAACCAUCAAAUAAAACAUUGAAACUUUUAAAGGCCAUAAAUUAUUACUUUAAAUACCCAACCAUAGCAAAGAAUUCAAAAUUUUAUUUUUCCCCAGGUGUUAAAAUUUUUUGAAAUUAUAUUUGAUUAUACUUGUCAAGAAUCUUACAAGUAGUCAUAUUAUUAUGCAUAAUCAUUUGUGAGUAAAAAAAAAAUACAUCUUAGCUAUCUACGUAGUAAUAUUAUGUUUUUUUUUAAUUUGUUAUAGUUGUUGAUUAACAGUUAAUGUGUUUAUGAAGGACGCUUAAAUGAGAGGUGAAAGUCUAACAACAUUAGUGGAAAAAUAUACAAGUGGUUAAUAAUAAUAUGUCAAAUCCAGAAUUAGCAUUAAAUCAACAUUCAUAA